CCUUCCGCUUCCCCCGCUCCCGCUGCCUGGCAACGAACGCUGCCGCGCGUCCCGUCCGGCCCCGCAUGGCACAGCCGCAGCCCGCGGAGGGUCCCGCGCCCCGCAUCGGCACGUGGGUGAGCGCCACGCUGCCCCGCCGCUUCCUGCAGCUCCCCUGCUUCCGUGGCUACGGGCAGCCGGAGCCGCACCCGCUCUACCGGACGAGCAACCAGGAGUACGGCCGCAGGGCGCCCACGGUGUACGAAGUGCCGAACUCCUACCACGUCACCUCGCACGCUUUCUCGGACGCCCUGGCACAGCGUGGCAUGUACAGGAACGACGGGCUCAACACCUCGCUGGAGAAGAGCCGUGUCACCGGCCCCGCCAACUUCAUCACCCCCUACGACACCCUCAACUUCCACCCCAGCUACAAAGUCGGUGGGCCCUCGCACUGUUAGAGCUAUGAGACCACUUCAGUUUAUUGCUGGCUGCUUAGUUCGAAAAAUAACUCCCUCCCCCCCUAAAAAGUCAGGGAAACGACAGCACCGACCAAAACCCGCUGCUAAGCCUCAUGGUGAAGCACCACGUACUUCAGGUUUGGUUACAGCUGUGCCUGCUGCCACCAGGCUGCAGGUUCCCUUUCCUGAAAGCAGUGGCUCGUCACAGGCUGUGAGCUGGGAAUUCAGCGUGUAGGCAAGCUGUAGCCUUGAGGGUGUCCUAAACUUACAGUACUGUUUCAGAGCUGUUGUCUUAAUAAAGAAACACAUGCAGGAAUCCACAGCA